AUGAGAUCUCGAGCACAUAUGUUACUUGAAAAAGAAUACAUGAAAUUACAAAAAGAAGCAAUUUGGGUGAGUUAAAAAUUAAAAUAUUUGUCUUCUCGCCAUGCUGAAAUGUAUAUUAUUUGUAUCAAUCUCACAGUCCGGGACUCUGGAGUUACGAGUGCUCGAGUGUGCUAGAUAGUUUAGUACGUUUUCUUCUAUAAGGUUGUGUACUUGUGUUUAUUUAAUUGAUGAUUCUACUUUCAAUUUUGGAAUGUUUGAAUGUUGAAAGUAUUUUAUAAGGUCCAUGUUCAUUGGAUGUUUACAUAUAUUCGAGGGUUUCCCCAGAGUGAAAGGGGAAAUCCAUUUAGUAAGUUGAUUAAUUUAAGGUGCAACAAAAAUGUUCAAUUCAGAAGAAAAUUCUUGAAUUACAGUAGUUCUGCUUUUUUGUGUAUAAAGCAGAUCAGCUAGGCCUAGAAAGAGAUGGAUUUUUCAGUUUUUUCCCGCUUUUCUUAGGGCCUGUUUAUAUGAGCCUGGUUUGCGAGGAAGCUCGCUUCAGAGGGAUGAAUUAUUUUUGUGUUUAUAUAACUGUUCUUAUCCCACCAUAACUGUUCCUAGCCCAAUGGGGCGACAUUAGGUAACUUAAGAUCUAUGAUGUUGAUGUUGUCAGGGCUGAACAGAGGGCUGGGCCUAGGACAUUGUCCUAAAUAAAUAAACAUCCACUUAAGAUUCAUGAUGUCGACCUUCAAUGGCGCCGUGGCCAGGGGCGCCAUGCCCCCCCCCCUAUUGUUUGGACCCCGUCGGAAAAUUAUCAAUGUUGUCGGAAUCUUCUAAGUGGUGAAGCAUUGGAAAAAGUGCUACGGAAAUUGGGAAAGGUGCUACAAAAGCAAUUGUAAUGUUAUUGUCUGGAAAAAUAUUUUACCAAAAAAGUUGUCGACGGAGAGGGGGGGGGGCAAGUUUUAAAAUGUUGUUGUCUGGAAAAUUUUUUCCUCAUUGGCGUUUGUCGGAAAAGUACUGAAAGUACUGCCCUUGCCCCCCCCAAAAAAACAUGGGACCCACCGCACCACUGUCCACCUUUAAUCUAUAAAUAUUUACAUCCUUUUGGAAAUGCAUUUUUGAAGAAACGUGUAUAUCCACAACAGCAAAACUCUUGUUGUGAGGUUUUCGAUGUUUGGUGGAUGACUAGCAAUUGAGAGAGAUGCAUGUACACUUAAAAAAUAUAUUGCCAAUUUUUUUCUACUUGCCGUCCUAUAUAUUUGACGUUGUAGGUCAAACUAGAAUGAGAGUUAACGGGAGUUGAUGAAACUCGUUCACGUUCGACCACCAACAAAGUUUAUUAUUUUACUCAUCAAGGGGAGAGUGACAGUGCACUCAAUGGGUGAAAGUUAAAUUUCACAAAUACAAAAACUCCAAUAUACUUCUAUUUGAGUAAUUGAGUAUGGCAGUUGUUAGAAGCUAUAUGAAAUAUCCAGUAUUUUAAUUAGGUACCAUCUGAGACAUCAACGACAUGCCAGAAUACGUAGGACAGGGCUCGAGUAUUGCAUUAAUGGCGGAUGACUCUAAACUAUAUAGGCCCAUAAACUCGGCAUCUCGCCAUCUGUUGCAACCGGACCUUUCAGGCCUUCAUAAUUGGAGUAAUGACUGGGGCAUGACAUUCAAUCCAUAGAAGUGCAAAGUGAUGCACAUGUCUCGGAAAAAGCUCUGCCUCACUCCGGCCAAUACCACCUGAACGACAAGCCCCUGGAAAGUGUGACACACAUCUCUGACCUGGGUGUCAUCGUAUCUAACGACCUCUCCUGGGCUAAUCAUAUUGAAGACAUACGCACCAAGGCCAAUAAAACUCUUGGUCUAAUUAAGCGGGUGUGUGCUAGAGACGUUGUGGAUGCCAAUACGCGGAAGCUUCUCUAUUGUGCUGUUGUACGACCUAAGCUUGAGUACGCGUCGUGUGUGACUGUGUGUGGUCACCUUACUCGGCUAAACAGCGUAAAUUAAUAGAGAACGUUCAACGCAGAGCAACGAAAUUCAUUCUGAACUACCCUCCUCAUGAUGUUACCUACAGAGACAGACUAAUAUCCUUAAACUUUCUCCCACUUGAACACAGGCGUGAACUUUAUGACCUAACACUAUUAUACAAAAUCAAAUACAACCUUAUUAAUGUCACCUUUAACCAAUACCUUACACCUGCAACUAACCCCUAUGCCACACGGCAACUUCGACCCUAACAACUAUAACAAAACGUCUCCAAUAAUCAAGAAUUUUUCCGACAAUCCUAUUUCCCACGCACCGUCAUCCUCUGGAACAAUCUACCACCGAACAUCAAAACCGCCCAUUCCCUACAGAUCUUCAUUCAAGCAUCAUCUACACUCCUAUUACAAAGCCAAACUGUCUACCUACAUACCACCAUAGAUAAUUAUGCUCUAAAAUUCGUUGUACGGUAUCCUAUAUGUUAAGUUGCACGUGAUCUGCGAUAUGUACAUGCAUAUUGUCUUAGUACGUCUCGUUAUCAUUAAUUGUUAAGAGGUCGAAUAUCAAUUGGAAUUUAGUUUCUGUUUUCUUCCCCUAUCACAGCAUUUUCUAGUUAUUGUUAUAUCACUAUGUAAAUGUAUAUCUUUUAUGUGUGUGACAAAUGAAUAAAUAAAAUCAAAUCAAAUCUGAGUUCAUUUCAAUUGUGGCAUUCGUAAAAUAUCCUUAAUUUUGCGCCAUUGCCUUGUACAAUAAUAUGAUUUUAAAAUAUGUUAUGAUCUGAAUAUAGGGUAUAUUUGCUCAACCGUUGAAUGAUGACGAUUUCUUUCUUUGGGAAGCAAAAAUAAAUGGCUUAAAAGAUACAUUAUGGGAAGGUAAAGCUUUUAUCAUAUAGCUAUUAAAAUUGCUACCCAAUGCUUUCAAAUAUUAACUUAUUAACCGAGCGCGAGGUCUGUACAGAGAAAUAUCGGACCUAGGUCUUUUUUUUACAGAUCGAGCCCGUAGGGUGAGAUUUGUACAAAAAGACAGAGGUCCGAUAUUUCUCUGUAUAUACCAAGCAAGAGAGGUCAAUAAACAGUUUAUUAUAUGGCAUUUAUACUUGAAACAAACAAGAAAUGCAUGAUUUGAAAUGCAUGUUAGUAGCGUGGCACACAUUUGGUCGAAGAAAACAAAAAAUACCAAUGUAUUCCUUCUUUUCCACUAAAAACCAUUCGCAGAUAUCUUAUUAACAACAAAUUAAAUUAUAAUUUUCAAAUUUUCAUUUAGUUUUGCUGUUUUGUUUUAAAAUGCAUGCGUUUGUUUAGUUAUACGUAAUGGCCCCUGAAAGUGCUUCUCAGCCAAUUAUGGUUCGCCAUUUCACCGGAAUUGAUGCUUGCCAUAUAAUAAAAAUUUUUAAUAAUAAAAUGAUUCAUUUAUAAUUAAAAUCAAUCCGUUCAUUCUUUGCAAAAGCAGUACUAAUUAGGCCAAGUAAAAAAAGACGUGGUUGGCGUCUCCGCCCGACCGGUGAAAAAUCUCCUGACCCAACUUUUUUUUAUUUUUUAUUUCAUAUAUAAAUACUUAGAAAUCUUCUAUUCCGAACGAAUUUGUCCACUUUUAUAUAAAUAAAUGAAAGUUCUGAAAUUAAAUUUGUCAUGAACUUUGUUUGUGUUAUUACUGUAUACUGUACGUUGUGUUGUAAAUGAACUUUGUUUGUUUGGGCUAGCCUCCAAAGGUCGUAGGUUCGAUUCCCACCGCGUGGCCAGGCAUAUUUUUCAAGCUUGCCCGGUGUGGAUGUACACUUAGAGUAACAUCACAAGCAUCAUAUUCACCUGAGUACAUUACACCAACACAGAAAAAAAUUCAUGAUUACUAGAUUACAUCGAUAUCGAAGGAACUAGACUCAGUUCUGAAAUGUCACAUACUCGAACCGACCUGACCGCGUAGCUCAGUUGGCAGAGCAUUUGGCUAGUAUUCCAAAGGUCGUAGGUUCCAUUCCCACCGUGGCCAGGCAUAUUUUUCAAGCUUGCCCGGUGUGGAUAUACACUCAGAGUAACAUCACAAGCAUUAAAUGAACUUUGUUUGUGGUAUUACUGAAUACUGUUGCGUUUAAAUGUUAACAUUUUGUAUUUAUAAAUAGUCUCUACUAUUGACGUUAUAUAUUUUUAUAAAAACACCUUCCCCCUACCCUAAAAAUAUAAGCGGCCGGUUACAGACGAACAAGGUUUCUAUGACAAGGUUUUAUGUGGCAAGGUUUAUUUGCUCGUUUGUACGCGCAACUUUGGCAAGUUUUUCUAUGACAAGUGCACUUGUUCAAAAGCUAGCAUGCUAGUUUUGAACAAGUACACUUGUAUAAUAGUUUUGUUUGUGGAAACACCACGUAAAUUUAUUACUGCAAAGCUUUCGUCAUAGAAUUGUCAAAGUACAAAUUUUGUUCGUCUGUAUGGGUCAACAAAGAAAACUUGUCAAAGUAAUCUGAGCAUUUGAUGUGAUUGGCCAGCGCUAGCGCUGUACUAUUACAUUGCUGGCGACUAAUAAAUUGUCAAAGUAAACUUGUUGACACGUUCACACCAGUAAAUAAAACUUGUCAUAUGAAAACUUGUCAUAUAAAAUUUGUUGCAUAUAUACACACGUGCGCUUGGCAAAUAAAACUUGUCACAUAAAAACUUGUCAUAGAAAACUUGUUCGUCUGUAACCGGCUUUAGGUCCCGUUCACACGGGGCUGGGUCAUCGGAAAUACUUCCGUUACUACAAUUCAUCUGGUUCGGUGUGAACACUUUUCGUCUCGUAAUUAAUCCGGUUCCGUGUGAACAUGUAGAACUUGACGAAUUUGAGUACAAUUCCGAAUUCAUCCGCCCCGUGUCCAUGUGAACGUAGACUUAAAGUUCGAUCCGAUUCCGCCGCGGGAGUGCCUUUCCGGGGAACUCCUGCAGGAAAUAGCGUAUAUUAUAUUAUAUUCAAAUAGAGAAUAUUUAAUAUUUAGUAAUUAUUAUUAUUAAUACUGAUUCACAAAUCAUUCUCUAUUCCAGGAGGAAUAUUCAAGUUGUACUUGAAAUUUUCUGAGUCACAUAACAUGUCUCCUCCUGUGGUAUUCUUCACCACAAUACCUUACCAUCCUAACGGUAAGAGAAAAAAAUAACUGGCCUGUUUUUUAACUUAGUUUAACUAGACACUGGCAGAUAGUCUGAUUAACCCAAUGAGCGCCAUCUCCCCUUGAUGAGUAAAAUCGUCUGGUUUUUGAUGGAGUAAAAUAGUAAAGCAGGGCGCGGCAAUUUAUUUAGUUCAAUAUGUGUUCACCACUUUGAGGUAGACAGAAUGUCUUAACAGGUCAGUUUACAAGCGAAUCGACUAAGUCUCGAGGGUUGGCUAUGAUUAAUAGCUAUAGGUUAUAGUUUCUAGUGAGGAACUAAGGAAGGUAAACUAAGGACCCAGAAAAAAAACUCGAACCACCAGAAAUACCAACCAAACUCUACUUACAACUCUGCAACUAAAGUUUCACCAGACAUUUCUAUACCGAACAAAUUUCUGUAGCAUCAAGGAAUCACUAACAGUAUCACAUUAAAUGUUCCACGAGUAAAUUAACACACUAACUUUCCAAAACAGUUUUUUAUAACAAAACUCCUACAGUCUUUAAUUCCCUAUCACCACAUAUCCGUGAGCCAAGCGUUACCGUUUUAAAUCCUAUACUUGUCGAUUUAUUACUGAAUCAUGAGGAACAAACAUUCGAUAUUAAUUAUGUCCCACAAACGUUUAAAGGCGUCUGUGUUAAAUGUCGUUCGUUGUCAAAUCUUGUGAAUCUGUAAAUGGAAUAAGAGGAGAGGGGGAGCGCGCUAACCAGUGAUGGACACUUUACAAAAUAAUGCGUAAGGGGCAUUUAGGUCGCCACCUUUUGUUGCUGGAAUUCUUGGUUCUUUUUUAAAUUUCAUGCAAUGUAAGGCUUGCUUCAUAGCCUACUAACGCUUUCAUGGUUGAAUAAUUAUAUUUACACUUUGUUACACAGUUAUUCAGCUAUCUUUCACAGACAUUCAGAAGUUAUUGGGGAGCGGUUGCCCUUAACAUCCCCCGCAUCUUCCACCCUCUUAACUUGAAUCUCGGCACAGUUUAAACGAAAAUCAUUAAUUUUCUCUCUCUGCUCUUACCCUUCCUUUCCUACAGUAUCAGCACAAUUCUUUUAUGAUACUCUCAAAGAAACAACAGUCAGUUAAAUAUUUCUAACUUCUCUAGUUCAUAGUUCCACUGGCAAACCCUGUGUUGAUUUUUUGGAUAAUGUAGAAGAUUGGAAAGAAUGUUAUAGCGUAGCUUACAUUUUGCUCAGUAUACAGGUACUAUGUAAACCUUUUUUAAUUGCUAUAUUUAAUCCUUUUCCAUCUUCACAAACGCACAUCAUGCCAUUAAACCACAUAUUAUUUAUAUCUGUGAAAUCGUCAUAUCAAUUUAAUAGCUGAGUUUUUACAUAAUAUUCAACGAGGUGACGUCAUAACGUUGAAUAUAAAAAAUCCUAUUCAAUGGAGUGACGUCAUAACGUUGAGUAUGAAAAAAUCAUAUUCAACGUUAUGACGUCAUGUUGUGGAAAAACGUACACGAACGACAAACCAAUAUGGCGCCGCCUUCGGCUAAGUUUGCAAGUUUAGAGGAAACAACUUUUAAACUAUAAAGUAUCAACGAAAAAGAGCGACAAAAGGUUUUGAAACAUCUCACUUGUAAAAAAAGGAAAGAUUUUUGCAAAUGGAAAAAGGAACUGGUCAUUAUUUCGACGAAUUGAACUCCCAACUGCGGAUCAUCUUUUAAAUAAAUAAUAAAACAAUUUUAUUGAAUUCGGUUUUCGCCAGAUAUGAAGAAUUAUCAAGCCGUCAGUUUGUGUUAUCAACCUCAGGCUUCGAUUUCGGCUGAUAACACAAACUUUAAUUUGGGCUUUAUCAUUCUUCAUAUCAUGCUCAACCUCAUUCAAUAAUUGAGUGGUAACGCUUUUAUGAGUAAAAUCGUUGGACUGAGUAAACUGACAAAGUAGUGAUAUUGCAGCGGAUUGUGGCUUAACUGGUUUGAACUUAAUAUAAUUCAUGAGAAAAUUAUCCCGUCAUACAAUGAAGAUACUUUAAACCAGGAACAUUAAACCAGGAACAUUAAAGAGCAGUAAAUAAUUUGCGGAUCCAGGGUGUUAGCCAGAAGUAAAAAAAAUCCGCGUUUACCUGAAAUUGGGAAAUUUAUUUUAGCCUGAAGCCGGGCAUUUCUUUGUGGGUCUGGGGGCAUGCGGUUGCCCCCUCUCGACUUUUAAAUUUUUUGUCUUUGAAAUGGCAUUUCCCGCAUUUUGUGAGUAAUUUUGGGCAAAUGUAGUUAUAAACAUGUUUUUAAUGGCGUAUUAACAAUAUAUUGACGGCAAGAUACGGUACUGCAUGGUCUAUUAUCAGAUGUAAAAAAAUAAUUGAAUUUCUAUAACUAUUUUUUGGCUGACCAAAAUUGGGAAAUUGCGACCUCAAGGUAUAAUUGGGAAAACCGCGUUUAACGCGGAAUUUUUUACUGUAACCAACACCCUGUAGCCUACGGUGUAGACUACACCGUAGGCUAACACCCUGCGGAUCCACUACAGGAUCAGUAAAAUUUACGGACACUUUUUGAACUAGCCUGUUGGACUGAAAAACUUCGUUAAUUGGGAAAAUUACAUAUAAAUUCAAAACCUCUGCUUUUUUCCUAAACAGAAAGUAAGAUGUGGUACUUGAAAUCGAGUGCUUUUUAUAUAGUGCAGGGGCCUGUUGUCCAAAGCUGGAUAAUUAGCGCUAACUAUCGGUUAAAAUUUAACCUGCUGUUUUAGUUUAUGUAUUUCUGCACGUCUGUUUAUUUCAAAAGUUCAGAGAAGAAAAGUUCUACUGAUCCAGACAAGAUUUCUAAAGAAAUAUUUCUAAAUUUGUAAACAAGCUGUUGGGAAGUUUGCCUUGCAUAAUUUUAGGUUAACCUAUAAGCUAAUCGGCUUUCGAAUAACCAGCCCCAGAACUAUUCCAGGAAUUCCAAUGAGAUUUAUUUCUAGGAUUGGAUAAAAAAAACUAUAAAACUUGAAAUAUAAUCGUAGAACAGAAAAGUCAACGAUUGAAACAAUAUCAAGUUCGCUCAAUUUCGGCCAUAUAAUAAAACUAUUUAAGUACACAAACUUGAAAUCCGACGCAGUCCUGAUGUUAAAUAGCACCUUUCUACUUUACUUAGGCAUUGCUAGCGAAUCCAGUAUUAGAAAAUGCGAUUAAUAAAGAAGCAGCCUCCGAGUGUCGGGAUAACAUUGGAGUCUACCGUGAGACGGUCAUGAACUGUGUGUUGACAAGCAAACGACUGGACGGUAAGAAGUUGAUAUCAACAGAGGUUCAGUUUUUGACUACCGUUACCUCCUACUGGCUAAUUCCGUACCCAUCUCAUUAGUUAUUGCUGGCGGUAGUGGAAGUCAAAUCUGAACCUCUCUACUGAUUGAAAUAGUUGAAGUAAUAUUUCAAAUCCGACUAUGAGGACUGGACUAGAUUUCAAGUUCGCGCAAUUUGAUCAAGCCCGAGGCGUGAGGCCGAGGACUGGAUCAAAAUGCGAUGACUUGAAAUCUAGCCCAGUUCGAGGAUUUGAAAUGACAUCUCAUACGAAUACAUCACUACUUAAAGUGAGAUGAAUUAAUUUUGAUCCAGUCCAAGGACAUUCUCGUCCCCAGAACCAUUUUCACUCGGUCACUCGUUCGGAAAAUUAGGCUCUGGAUUAGACGACUAAAGGAAGAGAUCUGAUUGGCUUUUCAGAGAACUGCUAUUUCGCAGAAGUUGAGGAGUUUUCGCUAGGCAAAAUUAUUCUAUCAACAUAUGUCAACACAAAUACUUCGCUUCUUCGUAAUACUUCACUGUGAAAAUUGUUACGGGUGCUAAAGCGUCCCAAUUCAAGAGCAUGCCCUUUAGAAACUACUGCAAGUUUUCUUGCACUUCCGGUUCGGUGUGUCCCAGGGCCUAGGAAGGACGCGCGCGACCGGGAGGCCCUGGGGACGAGGAUGGUCCAAGGACUGAAUUAAUUUUGAUCCAGUCCUAGGACUGGAUCAAUAUACUUCAACAGGUAUCCAGUAUUAUCUGCAUGCAUGAGAGCAAAAUAAAGCAAUAUGAUUGCAGCUAAUUUACUCAUUAAUUAUUAAUGAUUUGAGAUGCCAUCAAUACAUUUACAUACAUUACUGUUUAUUGGAACAUAUACAUAUAGUAGGUAUACAAACGAAACACAUAUUAUGCAAAUUAAAAUAAUCAAAACUGAUGUCCGAAUACUAUUGGGCAAUGUUGCCACAAGUAAAAACCACGAAGUCUUCUGCAAGCAAUUGUUUUGAAAUUAGUUAUUCCUAACAAUAUAUAUUACAUCUCGAACAAAUUGAUUUAAAAAUCCGUAGUCAUCAUCUAAAACAGUACAUCUUUGCAUUCAAACUUGAGCCAGCUCCUGUAUCAAUAUGCUCCAAUUAUUCGGAUUUAAAACGAUCUUUUAUUAGUCGUUUUCUUACCCAAUUACACAUGGAUCUCGGUACUUUGCUGAUUCCGAGUGUUAAUGGAUGACCUUGUACUGUAUUUCUCAACAUUGUAUUUUUGGAAAUGAAAGAGAAAAUAUCAUCCAAUGUUCAUCCGUCUGUUACUUAGCUUUUUAUUUCCAUUCGUGUGUUACUUUCUCUUGAGUAUAUCUAAAAUGUAUUUCACUGUUUUCACUUAGCCUUGCUUCUGAUUGAAAAAAUAAUGGUGCAUGAUGGGAAUGUUUAAGGCUCAAAUUUCAGGGUACCAGGGUUUUUUUCAGGGAUUUUUUAGGGCCGUUAAACGGCCCCAAUUAUUACUCAAUCUUGAAUUGAGUUUUGAAACUCAAUCUUCUCACCAAAGUUUCUGUGCAGUAAAAAUGAAGUUGUUUGAGUUAAAUUCAUGACGUGUGGAAAUUAGUUUUCAGUUUGAAACCCAACAAUUAAGAAAAAAUGGCUGGAAUUCAUCUCACAACACAAGAAAAACUAUGCAUUCGCCAUCCUUAACUAGUUUGUAGUGUCCCUUAGUGCCCCUGCUUUAACACAUUCCGUCUCAACUACAUUUAUUGAGUACAAGUGUCAACCCCCCGGUAGGGGGGGGGUACAGCCACCCCAGCUGUUCAGCUAAACUCAAUCUUCUCUGCAAAAACGGACCCAAGAGAAAAUCCUGAAAAAAAACCUGGGUACGAGUCAGGCCUUGCUUGGUAUCACUGUGUUGGUAUUACUGUGUUGGUAUUUAGGUCCGUGGUUAAUGAAAAUUAGGUCCGUGCUGCGGAAGAUUCCGUUUGCUCGUACAGGCCGGGUUUCAAGAUCAAUAGCGAUAAACGGACCAAUUCCGCCCUCUAUAGCACAAUAUAUGUAGCUACCACCAUUGAAUUAUUUUUUGUCUGUAUGUUUAGCUAACCUUCCACCAAGUUCAAUUCAAGAGCACACAAGUCCUAUCGUAGAAUUCAGUGGAGAAGAAGGCCAAAAGCCCCAUAAAAACUUACUUCAUGCGAGCAAGGUCUCAUUCGAAAACUAUUUGACAUUAUGGAAGGGCAUUGCAACAUCGAAUUCUUCAACAUCUUCGUUAAAUGCGUUGGGCGAGUACUUAAAAACAGAUCAUCAACUGCAAAAGGCUCAUUUUGAGUUAUCUCCAGCUGAUGUCGAGCAGGAAGUACGUAUUCAGCUGGCAGAACACAGGAAAUUGAUGUAUGGGACGUUUGAUGGGAAAGACGAAAAAUAUGCAGACAGUGUUGGCAGUCCCAGAUCUAGUCCUACUAGAGUUCACACAUUGAGGCAUGUUUAUGUCGCUAAACCAAGUAAGUCAAACAUUUACCUUCGCGUUGUUCAUACUGGAUCUUCUGUCAAUUAAUAAAUGUUGCCCCUGUAGACAACAGUACCCGAACAUUUUGCCGAAAGACAUUUUGCCGAAAGAUAUUUUGCCGAACGGGCCGGCAUUUUGCCGAAUGGGCAAUUUAACGAACGGAUUUUUUGCUGAAUGGACAAUUUGCCGAUAAGACAUUUUGCCGAAUGUUAUUUUGUCAACAUAAACUUGUCCAAAUUGUUUGAGACGAUGACUCAUUCCUCAGGUCUGAAAAGAAAUCAACUAUGCGUGACCCGCAAAUCAAGUCUUUCACGUUUAUCAUCUUCGUUUCAGGUUGGUUUUAAUUAUUGUCCUAAACCUGACGGUAUUUCCUCGAACGCUAACAAAUUCUUCGUACUUCUGACUUUCGAUUGGGACGAUUUUUUGAACUCGAGAUAACAGCUCGUCGGUAUUUUCCUGACCGAAAAAAGAAGCUAUAUAAGGUCAGAAAUUAAUAGACCUAAGAAAUCCUAAGAAAUCGUCUAUUUCUCACGUAUAAACAGAGUUAUAGGUAUUUUCCACGUGUAAACAGAGUUUUAGGUACAAUAUAGGAGAACAUUAAGAGUAUUGUAAAGUGUUUUCAGAAGAGUUUCCGCUACUCACAAGUGCUUAAGGGCGCAAAAAAAUGAGGUGCUCAACCAUCUCAAAGGUGUCCAACUAUUUAUGGUUUCGAAAUUUGCGUCACCGACGGUCGUCCUCUAGUUACCGUCUCUCUGUGGAAUGUGCACGGUCGCAACGAGUAAGAUCUUCCGCGAACAAACAACUAUCAUUCGUUCGAAAUUUGAGUUAUCAUUAAACACCGGACGAUCCGUCGAUUAGCCGCGAACAUUGGCGUACGAGGCUGGGGGGGGGGGCUGCAGCCCCCCUCCUCCCAAUUUCUGCCAAAUAGGGCAAAGUCGGGCAAUUUUUGGUUCACCGUCGGGCGAAUAAAAUUGGAGGUGCCUGAGGAAUGAGUCAUCGUCUCAAACAAUUUGGACAAGUUUAUGUUGACGAAAUAACAUUCGGCAAAAUGUCUUAUCGGCAAAUUGUCCAUUCCACGUCGUAGAUCUUAAGCUAUCUAAUACCAUAUGAUUGGAGGAAACUGAUUAUCCGUGAAAAAUAUCGUGGUGUUUGAUAGAGUCAGAGCAGUGAAAUGAUUAUAACUGGAACGCUACCUCCAAAAUUUGAAGCCAAACUUGAAGGCCAGUCUCUUCAUGCACGCGAAGAGCACGGUCAGUCCGUCAACAUGGAAUAUAUAUUCUUGAAAAACGACUUUUAACAGCGCUGAAAAAUUUCUAUUUUAAAUGCGUUUAUUCAGGUAAAACUUCCUAGUAGACUUUACUUUUUGUUUUUUCUUAUUAAACCGGCAUGCUCGCUCCCUGAACUGGUCUCGCGAGAGAAUUGCGAGGCAUAAACACGCGGGUCUUGCAUGACCCCCAGACACGUGUCUGAUUUGGCUUCAAGAAAAAGGUAGGCGGUAGGCAGUUUAUCUGAAGGUAGCGUAACUUGGCCACCACCUUUGAAGCCACUCAUGAUGGCCGCUAUGUACGUAUGGAGUGGAAAAUACGCCACCGAAAGGAAGUCUGUUUUUGAGCACUAAGUAGCUGUAUUUCAACAAGGAAAGAGGCUAAAAACUUUCAACAAUACCUGAAAUUUGAUACAAAACAUGUUUCCAGAAAGUAGAGCAGUUUUAAAGUUAUUUUUUCGGGAGUCAAAGUGCGAAGUUUUUUUCGACACGUUCAAAUUUGUGUAAAAUUUUGAAUAUCAAGCUGUUACCCAGGACGUUUUUGCUGUUAGUGGAUGUAAAAUACUUAGAACUAUCCAGGAAACCAGUUUUGAAUCUUUAAAGUUGAAGCCUUUUGACAAAAAAGUGUUUUUUCUUGCUGAUUUUCGCUCAAAAACAAACUUUUGACCGAAUUUCCCGCUCCUCGAAACUCUCCUUAGUCCUUUUGAAAGUUAAUUUUUUGCUCGCCGAGCCUCGCGAGAAGCGCCAUCUUGGCUUCAGGCAAGUAUGGGCAUGUUUAUCUGCAGUUAGCGUUCCAGUGUUAUUACAGUUCACUGAUAAAUUCAUGCACAUCAUUCAUCAUCGCCAUUUUGAUAGCUCCGCCUCAAGGAGGCCAGGCAUCUUUGUCGUAACAGUUGGUGCCGCAGAAACGUUAACGGAAUGUUUCAAAACGUUUUCAGAUGAGCAUACUUACAUUUUCUGUAUUUAAUACAUAGUCCGUUCUUUUAAUGUAGGUACAGCAGAAACAUCUACACCUGAAUCAACUGCACAAAAUGAUGAUUUGGAUGACCUUGAUAGAGAAGCGGUCGACUUAGUUAACUGGAGCAGAAAUUUAUCAACCGAGCAAACGUAUUAUUGA